AUGGCUUCCUCCCUCCCCAGACUGGCUGGCCGAGGUGCCCGGCAAUUCCGCCUGCGGCCGACGACGACACACAUCGCCACACGAUCCUUUUCAUCGACACGCCUUCGAAAGUACGCCGACCCCGAGCCCAUGGGCACCAGGCUGAUCCCCGUCGACCAGGACUUUGCGCACCCUAGCGAUCCCUACGGCACCUCCAAGGUUGAACCCGGCGCCAUCAAAAAGUCGCGCGAUAACUCGGUCGAGGACCGCAAGGUUCGGCACUACACGGUUAACUUUGGGCCCCAGCAUCCUGCUGCUCACGGCGUGCUUCGACUUAUCCUCGAACUCAACGGCGAAGAAAUCAUUCGUGCCGACCCUCAUGUUGGCCUGCUUCACAGAGGGACGGAAAAGCUGAUCGAGUACAAAUCGUACCUUCAAGCUCUCCCGUACUUUGAUCGGCUCGACUACGUUUCCAUGAUGACCAACGAGCAAUGCUUUUCCCUCGCAGUUGAGAAGCUACUCAACAUUGAAAUCCCCGACCGCGCCAAGUAUAUCCGAACAUUAUUUGGAGAAAUCACCCGGGUUUUGAAUCAUCUCAUGUCUGUCUUGUCCCACGCCAUGGACGUUGGUGCUUUGACACCUUUCUUGUGGGGUUUUGAGGAACGAGAAAAACUCAUGGAGUUUUACGAGCGUGUAUCUGGUGCACGUCUUCAUGCUGCCUACGUUCGCCCUGGCGGUGUUCACCAGGAUAUCCCCGCGGGGUUGCUGGAUGAUAUCUAUCAGUGGGCGACUCAGUUUGGUGACCGCAUUGACGAGACGGAAGAAAUGCUUACCGACAACCGCAUCUGGAUCGAACGAUUGAGAGGAGUCGGCGUCGUUUCUGCAGCAGAAGCCCUGAACCUUUCAUUUACUGGUGUGAUGCUGCGAGGUUCCGGUGUACCUUGGGAUAUCCGCAAGAGCCAGCCCUACGAUGCCUACGACAAGGUGGAGUUUGAUGUUCCUGUAGGCACCAACGGUGACUGCUACGACCGCUACCUUUGCCGCAUGGAGGAGUUCCGUCAGUCUCUGCGCAUCAUCCACCAGUGCCUGAACCAGAUGCCUGCCGGCCCGGUGCGCGUUGAGGACUACAAGAUUUCCCCGCCUCCUCGUACUGCCAUGAAGGAGAACAUGGAGGCUCUGAUUCACCACUUCCUCUUGUACACCAAAGGCUACGCCGUUCCCCCUGGCGAGACCUACUCCGUCAUAGAGGCUCCCAAGGGUGAGAUGGGUGUUUACGUUGUCAGCGACGGCACCGAGCGUCCCUACAGAUGCCAUAUCCGCGCUCCUGGUUUCGCGCACCUGGGAGGCUUUGAUCACGUAUCCAAGGGCCACUUGCUGGCUGAUGCUGUCGCUGUGAUUGGUACCAUGGACCUGGUGUUUGGCGAAGUCGAUAGGUAG